AGCUGCUCGCGUGCACGGUUGCGCGAGUCAGCCUUUCACGACGAGCUUUCGUGUUCCAGGAGGCUCCUCGACGUGUCCUCUCCAUUCGCGUGUGGGUUGCGCUGAUCCCGGUCUGCCUGACCUAACGCACAACAAGACACAUUCGCGGCAUGGAUUCAAACGCCGCCAAAGGAAAUGAGCCUUCGCUCGAAGCUAAGAAGGCCCCACCACCGCCAGCGACGAUGGAAUCGCGGAAGCCGGUGUCCCAAUCCAGCCCACGCUCUGAUAGCGGGAGAGGUACCUCAGGGCCCGCGUCGCCAUCAAAGCCUCUCUCGAGUGCCGAGCAUGGCAACGCCGCGUGCCGAGCAUCCCCGGUCCAGGGUGGCGGCAGCCCGCAGCCUGGUCGGGGAAGAGGAACUCCGGCGGCUCACGCGGAUGGCGCGAGCACGGGAACUCCGAAGGCCGCCCGAGCUGCGCACCACAGGCCCGCCGGCGGUGGUCACAUCGCUUUCCAAGCCCUCGGACCGGAAGACCUGGUCGCCGCGUCUCGAACGUGCCUCGAGCAAGUGCAGGACGAGCUGAACGUUGUCACAUCGUCGACCGUCGGCGGCAGCGCCGCGGAAGCCAGCGAUUCGGGCGCCUCGAAGCCGUCGCCGUCGACGACGCCGCUCGGACACUUGGACCGCCGCGUCUGCUUCGGCCUGACGUCCGUCUCCGGAGCGCAGAACUCGUCGAUGGACGUGCCUCAGGAAACGAGUCUCGGCGGAUCGCUCGCGUCGGCAGGCGCCGCUUCGGGCGCUACGGACUCCGUCGACACCAGUCACCCGGGAGUCAGGAAGCCGCCAAAGGUCCGGCCGCUGGCCACGUACGACGAAUUCGAUUCCUCCGUGAAUGAGGAGGUCGACACAGUGCCGGACGAGGAAGACGACACGCUGGAUCCCGAAGCGCACAUCCGGCGUCGCCAUUCCUCGACGGCCUCUUGCACCUCCGGCAUCAGCGACGAACUGGAUGCGCCGGUGUUCGCCGGCAGGGUGAAGCCGGCGCUGGGAACGCUCUCCGCGACGCCGUCGCCGCCGGCAGAGGAUCAGCUCGGGGCCGUUGCCUCUCCGAGGGAGGAUGGCGCGUGGAGGGAACUGGACGCCGCCGACGCUGGAUGCAAGACCGGAGGCUCAUCGGCGGACGCGGGCAGAACCACUGAGAGGAGAAGGUCGAUCCUUGCCUCACCAAAGAGAGAAACUGCAGAACAUCCGCACGGUCAGGAUCAAGGCGCUCAGAAUGCCGACGACGAACUGCGCGACGAAAUAGCUGUCAAAGCAGCGCCGGAUAUUCUUGGAAGCCCAGCACUCCAGUCGGAGAUGUCGACGCCACCGCAAGUACACUCGCCUCCCGAUUACUUCAGCUCACCCAUGAUAGGCUCCGUCGGAUCGGAAGAACCGGGAGCGAUCAGAGGCAUAGGCUCUAUCGGAUCGGAGGAACCCAAGCGUGAGUUCUUCAGCAGCCGCUUCACGCAGUCCCUGUCGGCGGUUUUGCGCAACGCGAUUGUCGCGGCCACGUCGCGUCGGUUUUACAUGCUGGCAAUAUACUGCGUCGCGUCUCUCGUCAACGGAUUCCAGUGGAUCGAGUACGCCAUCAUCGCGAGCGUCAUUCAGGACUACUACGGAGUCUCGGAGGUCGCCGUGGCCUGGACGUCCCUCGUUUACCACAUCGGAUGCGUGACACUCGCCCUGCCCUCCUCCUGGAUCAUGGAAAAUAUGGGCCUUCGUGCCUCCGUGAUCCUCGGCGCGGUGGGUACUUCCAUAGGGUCCUGCGUCAAGGUCUUCAGCGUGCGUCCUGACAGGUUUGGCUACGUGCUGGUCGGUCAGACGUUUCCAGCCUUCUCGCUGGCCUUCAUCGUCGCCGUUCCUUCGCGUCUCGCCUCCACCUGGUUUAGGUACGAAGAGGUGUCCACCGCCUGCUCGGUUGGGGUUCUCGGAAGCCAAGUCGGCAUUGCGCUGGGCUUUUUUAUCCCGCCCUACGUCGUGGACCCGAACAACGUACAGAUGACCCUGACUACGCUGUGUGUGGCGGUCGCUGUCGUCAGCGUCGCGUGCCUGCUCGUCGCGAUCGUGGCGUUCGAGGACAAACCCGAGCAUCCUCCAAGCUUCUGCGAGAUGCUGAACCGCUACAACGAAAGAAAGCCCACGUUCACCGAGGCCCUGAGUGAGCUUAUGGCAGACCGGGACUUCCGCUUGCUUCUCCUUUCGUACGGAAUCAACACGGGCGCCUUCUACUCCAUCUCGACUCUUCUCAAUCCCGUUGUGAUGCGCUACUUCCCCGGAGAAGAGAAUUUUGCCGGUCUGCUGGGUGUCACCAUCGUCGUAUCGGGCCUGCUGGGCUCUUGGGCUGCCGGCUGGGUUUUGGACAGGACUGGCAAGUACAAGGAGGUCUCCGUGGUCACGUACGCCUUCUCGACGCUGGGCCUGAUCGCGUACACGUUUGUGUUGUCGCUGCGCUCGCGAUGGCUCACCGGGACCGCAUGCUUCUUCCUGGGCUUCUUCCUAGCCGGCUACAUACCGGUUGGCCUGCAGCUGGGAGCCGAGAUCACGUACCCACUGCCAGAGGGAACAUCGGCCAGCGUGCUGAAUAUGGCGGCCGAAUCGUUCGGCUUCGUGCUCAUCCUGUCCUCGUCAAACGUGCUGGGCGCAUAUGGAGACAGAGUGUCCAACUUGGCGCUGUCGGCUUUGCUGCUAGUCGGCUGCGCCUGCAUCAUCGCUCUUCGCGCCACACUCAAGAGGAAGUUGGCCACGCUACGAGUGCAGCGCAAGCGCUUGCCAUCGCCUGGCGGUGGCCUCCGGGCGUAGCCGAGGUCGCCAGUUUUAACGGCGACACGUUAAACCACUUGAGCCAUUGUCACUAAUUUAGCACCGAUCCUUUGUUUUAUCCUUUA